GGUCCCAUAUCUGUCAAGUUAAGCCGCCUUGAAAGGCGGGCAACAUGUUUUGGAUUGUGAGUGCAAACGCGGAUAUGGUCCCAAGGCAUGCACCUGCGGGCUCUCAGUCCCUGCCAGCCCGGCCUGCAUCGCUCGAGCGCCCCCAGCGGCCCCGCAGCCUCCGUGAAACCUAAGGCUUUGGGCCUGCACGGAGCGUUUCCUAGCAACGGGGGGAGCGGCCACGUCACGGCGGCAGCGGUGUGGCCCCGGAAUGCACCUCCCAGCCCCUGCGGGUGGAAGGAGCGCUCCUCGCAGCGCAGCGCUUGUCCGCACGUCUUGGCCCGCCCUUAGCCGCCUUCUGCCGCCCCUGCUCGCCGAGAUCCAGCUCCCGCGCCGUCCCACAGCCGCUGAGGCCCGGGCCCGAGGCUUGACGCGGCCCGGCUGCCCCUCGGCCGUCAAGCCCCGCGCCCCAGCAGGACGAUGCUGGAGUCCAUUCGUGUGACGGAAAAGCUUCACUGGCCUGAGCAAGAACUUUCUAAGAAGUCUAUCCUAAAUGCACAAGAAUCCCGGACUGUCGACAGCCAAAGAAGCAUCUCACACUUGUCCCCUGGAAUUCUAAAGGACAUUUUCACAACUGGAACCAGUAGCUAUAAUGUCCUACUGCAGAGCAAGGAGGAGAAAAGGCAUCAUUCGCAAAAACAGUCUUCCUCCAGCCACUCCAAAAGAUGUAGGAAGCCCAGCAAAUCUCCUAGCUCUUCUCGUAGCAAAGAUGCACGUAGGAUGAAAACCCCCGCGCCGGCGAUGAGCGGUGGCACUUGGUACUGCCUGGAGAGGAAGCCUGCUGUUUUUGUCACUGGUUCAGUGUCAAGUCCUGCUAAGUUUAUGCAUGAUAUCUCUGUUACAGGGAGCAGCAUAGUCCUGCCACCCAAACCCAAAAGCAAGGUCAGGCGGCACCACUUCUCCACUCAGCCAAAACCAAAGCAGCCACAGCCACAGCUGUCUAGAAGCUUUGAGAAAGGAGAUGACGCCUCUGGAAAGAAAUUCUGUAUACUGACGGCCAUAAAGCCCACCAAUCUAGAGAAGGAAAAACUCAGAUUCUUCAGGUCUGACUAUACCUACAAUCCUCAGUUUGAAUAUGCCAGUCCUGCUCUGCCAAGUGUGUUGGCUAAGCACAGCCAUGCCUCCGACCGAUUCCUUAGGCAGUCCAUCAAUAUCAUGGAGCUGACAUUACAAAAAUAUGGAAGCUACGAGAAGUUUGAGCAAGCCACCGGCGGCAGCUUGCUCUCUAAGCCUCGGAUCUGGAGUCACGUCAGGAAGUACAUGGUGAAGGAAGGCUGCCUGGGAGAGAUUGUGGUUCAUCUCACCGAGGACCUGCUUUCCCGAGCUUCAAUGACCGUGGUAAAUGGAUGUCCCACACUGACCAUCAACGUUUCCACCGCACGUGAGCACUGGCUGGAGGGAAUGCUGAGGCAUGAAAUAGGCACUCACUAUUUUCGAGGUAUUAACAACCUCCAGCAACCCUGGAACAGUUGGAUUGGCCGCAAGAAACACAAGCUUAAGCCCAAUAAUCCCACAGAGGAAGGCCUGGCAAGUCUUCACAGUGUCCUGUUUAGAAAAGACCCCUUUUUAUGGAGGGCUGCCCUCCUCUACUACACCGUGUAUCAAGCCAGCCAGAUGUCAUUCUGUGAACUCUUUGAAGAUAUUGGCAAGUUUGUCAAGGAUCCCAGUACAAGAUGGGAUUAUUGUGUGCGAGCCAAGAGGGGGUGGACUGACACUUCCCAACCAGGGUGUUUCAGUAAAGACCAGGUGUACCUGGACGGAAUCCUUCAGAUCCUCCGAUACCGAGAGAGCAUCGACUUCCACCUGCUGACUGCCCUGGGCAAGGUCUCCUAUGAAGAUGUGGACCGCUUAAAAGAACUGGCAGUCACUGAAAACCUGAGGGUCCCUCACUUCCUGCAGGACCACAGCCGCUACAUGGAGCACUUAGAGAAGAUCAUGGAAGUGAAUGAACUGACUGACAGGGAACUGAAAGACCUCAUCUAGUGCUCAGCAUUCCUGCAAACGUAGCAAAACUAUACCUCUUGUAUAUUACCAGUUAGGUGCAGUUGGCACCAAAAGAUUUAUAAAAGAAUGACUGUUUUGGCUUUUCUAAAGAAUGGUUUUCAGUAUUCAGUUGAAUUUUUAGAAUAAGUACAAACCUUGAGCUAUUGUUAUAGAAUGUGUGUAUAGACUACAGGGGGAAGUUGGUCCUGUUUUCA